AAUGCACUCAUAGAGUCAACACAGGCAAACAACUGCCACCCUCACCAUGAAAAUAGAAGGUGCCUCGAUGGUCCUUGUUCUGGCAUUUUUCUGCUUCUUCUCAGAUGUUGCCAGCCAAGCUUCGAUUAAGAAUGAGUGCCUGAAAAUUUGGUCGCUCCUGCGCAGUGGGAAGUUUUCCUGUCCCAAUGACAACAAGCCCGUCAGUGGCCCCGAUGGCAAAACCGACCUCAACAAAUGUCUGAUGUGCAAACGGCUGCUGGAAAGAUACUUGAAAAACAAAGGGACUGGUGAAGCCAAUAGGAACAUGAACUCUUCAAGAAAGGACGACUGCCGAGAAUUUCGGGAUCUGUUUAAGAAUGGGAAACUUACCUGCACAAGAGAAAAUGACCCUGUCCGGGAUUCCUCUGGGAAGCAACACAGCAAUAAGUGCAUCAUGUGUGCAGAGAAGUUCAAAAAGGAGAAUGAGCAGAAGUCAUCUAAAAACAGACAAGGAAAAGAUAAGGACAACUGCAGGGAGUAUCGCUCCCAGUUUGAGGCCAGUGGAAGGCUGUCCUGCACAAGGGAGAAUGACCCUGUUCGGGAUUCUUCGGGCAAGCGGCACCCCAACAAAUGUCUCAUGUGCGCUGAGAAGUUCAAAAAGGAAGCCCAAAGAGGCCAGUUUGGGGGAACUGCCCAGCGCAACCAAGAGCUCACUUCAGAGAGGAAAACUGAGAAGAGCUGCAGUGGCUCUGGGUCGCAGCAGGGAGCGAGUCAACGGCGUCCCCCCUCGGCAAACAGAGGCCUGCAAGAAGACCUGGCUCAGCGAGGUGGGAGCUGCAACCCUGGACCCGAGCGCAAAGGACAGAGCCGAGACACGGACACCUACCAGCCGCUGGACUGUGAUCGAAUUCUGCAUGGGGUAAAGGGUGGAAGGAUUUUCUGCAGCAAAUCCUCACAACCCGUCUGUGGCACUGAUGGAAAAACAUACAAAAAUGAAUGUGACUUGUGUUCAGCUGCCAUCAGUAAUGGAGUUCAGACUGCCAGCAAAUAUCAGGGAUCAGCUGUGACCAAAGGGCAAGUAACAGAAGAAUUGAUGUUAAGCAUCAAGGGGAAUGGACAAGUCCUCGGUGUUGUCAAAGCUGCCAUUCAUGCCCCCCCUGAGCAGAGGACAGCCUCAGCCUUGCUCAGGUGGCGGGAAGAGGGCUCAGGGGACCCAGCCACUGUUUCCUCAGGUCUAGUUCAUGCGUGCCUGUCUGGACUCAGCUCUGCUCAGGCUCUUUGCCACGUCACUAUGUCUUAGUGUGCUUCUACAAUAAAGAUAACUCAGCAGAACCCUGUCACUGUUCUUCACUAAACCUCCCUGGGGGACCCGCCAGUCCCCGCUCCGUCUUUACACCAAGCAUCCAUUAGACAGUAAAUGCAGAGGCCACUUGGGCACAUCAGCUGCUGUAAAUAUGCAGUGAAGAUGUCAGGCCUGAAGAGGAAGGGCGUUUUAUGAUAAGGGACUGGGGUUGGGUUUUCUCUCUGACUCAUUGUGAGGUCUUGAGUAAAUCACUUCACCUCCCUUCAGCCCUUUUGUCUUUGCCUGUAAAAUGAACAUUAAAAGAUACUUACCUACCUCA